CCACCCCUGCGGCGCGCGCCGCCCCGCCCCCAGCCCGGGAGUGCGCGCGGCCCCCAGCCCGCAGCACGGCCGCGGGGGGACGGUGAGGGACGUGGGUGAGGCGGCCCGACCCGCUCCGAGCGGCUCGGCGGGGCGGAGGAGGAGGGAGCAGGCGCGCCCUGCCAGAGCCGGACUCCGACUGAGGGGGCGGGGAGAGAGGGGUGGAGCGCUGGGAGGGAGGCGAGGGGCCGCGACGACAGGACUCCAUUAGUCGCUCCAGCCGGGAGGCAGCGCUUCGCCGGCUGAGGAGGGGGACCGGACGCUGCCGCCCCACGAGCCGCCGCGCCCGCGCCUGUUGCGGCGCGGAUCCCUGGCCGCGAGCGCAAGGAGCCUGCGGAAGGAGCCAUGGCUCUGGACGGGAUAAGGAUGCCAGAUGGCUGCUACGCGGAUGGGACGUGGGAACUGAGUGUUCAUGUGACGGACCUGAACCGCGAUGUCACCCUAAGAGUGACCGGGGAGGUGCACAUUGGAGGGGUGAUGCUCAAGUUGGUGGAAAAACUUGAUGUAAAAAAGGAUUGGUCUGACCAUGCUCUCUGGUGGGAAAAGAAGAGAACCUGGCUUCUUAAAACACAUUGGACCUUGGAUAAGUACGGCAUUCAGGCGGAUGCUAAGCUUCAGUUCACCCCCCAGCACAAACUGCUCCGCCUGCAGCUUCCCAACAUGAAGUAUGUGAAGGUGAAAGUGAAUUUCUCUGAUAGAGUCUUCAAAGCUGUUUCUGACAUCUGUAAGACUUUUAAUAUCAGACACCCUGAAGAACUUUCUCUCUUGAAAAAACCCAGAGAUCCAACUAAGAAAAAAAAGAAAAAGUUAGAUGACCAGUCUGAAGAUGAGGCACUUGAAUUAGAGGGGCCUCUUAUCACUCCUGGAUCAGGCACUGAUGUUCUUUACAUUGGCCCUCUGAAAGGAAGUAUAUAUUCAAGCCCAGGACUUUAUAGUAAAACAAUGACCCCCACUUACGAUGCUCAUGAUGGAAGCCCCUUGUCACCGACUUCUGCUUGGUUCGGUGACAGUGCUUUGUCAGAAGGCAACCCUGGUAUACUUGCUGUCAGUCAGCCAAUCACGUCACCAGAAGUUUUGGCGAAAAUGUUCAAGCCUCAGGCUCUUCUUGACAAAGCAAAAACCAACCAAGGGUGGCUUGAUUCCUCAAGAUCUCUCAUGGAACAAGAUGUGAAGGAAAAUGAGGCCUUGCUUCUUCGAUUCAAGUAUUACAGCUUUUUUGAUUUGAAUCCAAAGGUAAUGUAUUACAAAAGGAUUGUGUCUCUUUUGCUGCAGUAUGAUGCAAUCAGAAUCAAUCAGCUUUAUGAGCAGGCCAAAUGGGCUAUUCUCCUAGAAGAAAUUGAGUGCACAGAAGAAGAAAUGAUGAUGUUUGCAGCCUUGCAGUAUCACAUCAAUAAGUUGUCAAUCAUGACAUCAGAGAAUCAUUUGAACAACAGUGACAAAGAAGUGGACGAAGUUGAUGCUGCCCUUUCAGACCUGGAGAUCACUUUGGAAGGGGGGAAAACAUCAACAAUUUUGGGUGACAUCACUUCUAUUCCUGAACUUGCUGACUAUAUUAAAGUUUUUAAACCAAAAAAGCUGACUCUAAAAGGAUACAAGCAAUAUUGGUGCACCUUUAAAGAUACAUCUAUUUCUUGCUAUAAGAGCAAAGAAGAAUCCAGCGGCACACCAGCUCAUCAGAUGAACCUAAGAGGAUGUGAAGUUACCCCAGAUGUAAACAUUUCAGGGCAAAAAUUUAACAUUAAACUCCUGAUUCCAGUUGCAGAAGGCAUGAAUGAAAUCUGGCUUCGUUGUGACAAUGAAAAGCAGUAUGCACACUGGAUGGCAGCCUGCAGAUUAGCCUCCAAAGGCAAGACCAUGGCAGACAGUUCGUAUAACUUAGAAGUUCAAAAUAUUCUUUCCUUUCUGAAGAUGCAACAUUUAAACCCAGAUCCUCAGUUAAUACCAGAGCAGAUCACAACUGAUAUAAAUCCUGAAUGUUUGGUGUCCCCUCGCUAUCUAAAAAAGUACAAGAACAAGCAGCCAGGCUAUAUAAGAGAUUUGAUAACAGCAAGAAUCUUGGAGGCCCAUCAGAAUGUAGCUCAGAUGAGUCUAAUUGAAGCCAAGAUGAGGUUUAUUCAAGCUUGGCAGUCGUUACCAGAAUUUGGCAUCACACACUUUAUUGCAAGGUUCCAGGGAGGAAAAAAAGAAGAACUUAUUGGGAUUGCAUACAACAGACUGAUUAGGAUGGAUGCCAGCACAGGAGACGCAAUUAAAACAUGGCGUUUCAGUAACAUGAAACAGUGGAACGUAAACUGGGAAAUAAAAAUGGUCACGGUAGAGUUUGCAGAUGAAGUACGAUUGUCCUUCAUUUGUACUGAAGUAGAUUGCAAAGUGGUUCAUGAAUUCAUCGGUGGCUACAUAUUUCUCUCAACACGUGCAAAAGACCAAAAUGAGAGUUUAGAUGAAGAGAUGUUCUACAAACUUACCAGUGGUUGGGUGUGAAUAGAGAUACUGUGUAAUGAAACUCCAUGGCCAUAACAAUAUUUAACUUUGAAAGCUGUUGGUUGUUAUAUGCUGCUUAAUAAAGUAAGCUUGAAAUUUAUCAUUUUAUCAUGAAAACUUUUUUGCCUUACCAGACCAGUUAAUAAGUGCACUAACAAGCACGACUAUUAAUCUGCUAUCAUGAUACAAUAUAUGGACUUGAAUAUGGCACACAUUCCUUAGGGCCAUGAAUUGAAAACUAAAGUAGUGGGCAAGUCAGGAGCAAAAAAUCACUGAUUUAAUUUAAGCUAGCCAAACCAAGAAACUUAAGCCAUCUACUUUAAAGCUAUCCAGGGCUUAAACUAUAUGAAGUCUAUUUAUCAUGUUUAAUGCAUGUGUUUUAAUGUAUGUUUAAUUUGAUCUUGUGUUUUAAAAAUACCUACUUCUGGUAGCCAUUGAUUCUCCAUCCCCCACUCCCACCCCCAAAUAAAUCAGGCCUGCGAAAGAUGCCUGAUAUUUAAUAAUGUCAUUGUUUGACCUUGAAGGAAAAUGCUAUCAGUCUGUUAGGCUUGGUUUGUUUUUGUCCUUGAAGAAGCAUGUAUGUAUAUUGUCUUGUGUUUUUAUUUUUACACCCUAUUGUAUUACAACACUUUUAGUAUUCACCAGCAUAUUCACUGUCUGCCUAAAAUAUGCAACUUUUGCAUUACAAUAUGAAGUAAAGGUCUAUGAAGUAUGCAUUUUGUGUAACUAAUGUACAAACACAAAUUUUAUAAAAUUGUACAGUUUUUUUAAAAAACUACUCACAGCUAGCAAAUGCCUUAGAUGUAGCAUCUUUGCAUUAAUUAAAUGCUUUUAAAAAUACAAUUAAUGUGCAGUUUUCAUACCUGCUAAAUUAAGAAUGACUUCAUUAUAGUCAUGAUUUGCCACAGUGUCCUUAACUCUAAUGCCUGGACUGGCCAUGUUCUCGUCCGCUGCGCUGUUACAGUCCGCAUUGGUGCUAGUCAGAAAAUUCCUAGCUCACACAACCCAAAAGGAUGCCGGGAGGGGUGGAUUACCAGUAUUGUCCAAUAAUCCAUGGUUUAAAGACUGUAUAAAUGCAUUUUAUUUUAAAUAAAAGCAAAAUCUUUUA